AUGGAUUCAGACCUCAGCCCACAAGACCGGAAGGACUUGGACAAGUUUGUCAAAUUUUUUGCCUUGAAGACUGUCCAGGUGAUUGUCCAGGCUCGCCUUGGGGACAAGAUAUGUACCCGCUCUUCCUCCUCUCCAACCGGUUCAGACUGGUUCAACUUGGCAAUCAAGGACAUCCCUGAGGUUACCCAGGAAGCCAAGAAAGCCCUGUCUGGUCAGCUACCUGCCGUAGGACGCUCAAUGUGUGUCGAAAUUUCUUUAAAGACCUCAGAGGGUGAUUCCAUGGAACUUGAAGUGUGGUGUCUGGAAAUGAAUGAAAAAUGUGAUCGAGAUAUAAAGGUCUCCUAUACUGUGUAUAACCGGCUGUCGCUGCUACUGAAAUCCUUACUGGCAGUCACCAGGGUAACACCAGCCUACAGGCUGUCCAGGAAGCAGGGGCAUGAAUAUGUCAUUCUCUACAGGAUAUAUUUUGGAGAUGUUCAGCUUUUGGGUCUUAAAGAAGGUUUCCAGGCGGUACGUGUUGGAACAGUGGGGACCCCUAUAGGGACACUUACCCUGACCUGUGCCUACAGAACUAAUCUGGCUUUUAUGUCUACACGGCAGUUUGAGAGGACUCAACCCAUCAUGGGGAUUAUUAUUGAUCACUUUGUUGACCGACCUUUCCCCAGCACCUCACACUUGCAUCCCUGCAACUACAGGGGGUCUGAGGAGCAGGGCACCGUAUACCCAUCUGUGGAAGAUUCCCAGGAUGUCUGCACCACGUCCUUUUCUACUUCCCCACCAUCGCAGUGUGUGUUUACUUUCAGCAAGGCACAGGGUCAGACCGCUAAUACUGUGGUGACAGACUCUCACAGGGUCCUGACAAUGGGACUGGCCUUCUCACACCAACUGUACAGCUCUCGCCUUUCCUAUCAGCCGACUGUCCUUGGAGCUGGAUCCUCUGAGCCGUGCUACCCAGUGGCCUUAGCUGCUGGAGUGAGCGCUACCCUUCCACACCAGAUGAUGGUACCAGGAAAAAGAGGGCGGAUUGCCCAACAUCACUGCCCAGCCUGCACAUGGCACUCAAGCUGAACAUGAUCGGGUUCUUCUGACCUCACCAUCUAAUGUAAGAGGCCCCACGUCCAGCAGUGAGGAAGCUGACACCCCAUCAGGAAGCAACACUGCUGGCCAAAGCGGCUCGCCAAACAAAACCCCUCACAUCCUCUUCACCCGCAAAGUAGGGGCCUUUGUGGACAAGCCCUCCCCGCAGGUCACCUAUGCCAGCACCGAUAUUCCUUUUGCUGUGUUUGCACCCAAGCUUGCAGAGCUUGAGGAGAAUGACCCCAUGGUGUUGUGCCCCGACAGUCCCGAGGAGGUGUCACCAGAUGCGCGGAGCUUGCAGAGUUCCUGCUCCAGCAGUGAGGUGCCUCAGGAUGACUUUGUGAUGGUGGAUUUUCGACCCGCCUUCUCCAAAGAUGAUCUGCCCAUGGAUGUUGGGACUUUCUACCGGGAGUUUCAGAACCCGCCGCAGCUGAGUAGCCUCUCCAUAGACAUCGCUGUGCAGUCAAUGGCAGAAGAUCUGGAUUCCUUGCCAGAGAAGUUGGCAAUGCAUGAAAAGAACAUGGAAGAGUUUGAUGCUUUUGUUGAAUCUUUACAGUAG